CAGUUUCCGCGCGCAACCAGUGGGUGAAACACGUUACCCAUGCCUUCCGCCGAACACUACGUUCGUAAGCACGACCCCGGUCAACCACAACGAAGGGUAACGAGAGUCCCCAAAUUAAUAUCAAGAAUGAGGGUGACACGUGGAAAUGAAAGGAGGGCCGUUGCAUGCGUUCUUCUAGCUGUCGUGGCUGUGGUAGCCGCAGCCUCCUACGACCGUGAGAGGCUUGAGAUCGCCAAGCAGAUUUUAGAAGAGGUUCCGCUUACUGAUGGACAUAAUGACCUCCCGUGGAACAUUCGCAAGUUCUUACGAAAUCAGAUCAACGAGUUUGAAUUGGACACUGACCUGACUCAAGUGGAACCUUGGUCUAUCUCCAAGUAUUCUCACACAGACUUGCCUCGCUUGCGGCAGGGGAUGGUUGGGGCACAGUUUUGGUCAGCGUUCGUUCCCUGCAGCUCACAAAAUAAAGACGCCGUUCAGCUGACACUGGAACAAAUUGACGUCAUUAAGCGACUAGUUGAGAAAUAUCCGCAAUACUUUCAAAUGGCCACCUCCGUUACAGACAUCUUGGAAGCUCACAACGCUCGGCCUCGAAAGAUCGCCUCUCUAAUUGGCAUCGAAGGAGGGCACUCCAUCGCUAACUCUCUUGGAAUACUUCGGAGCUACUAUCAACUGGGCGUCCGAUACAUGACUUUGACACAUACUUGUAACACUCCGUGGGCGGAUUCGUCCAACGAACCUGCCGCUGCUAACGGUCUAACAGAAUUCGGAGAGAAAGUGGUUAAAGAGAUGAAUAGACUGGGGAUGUUGGUGGAUCUGUCCCAUGUCGGUGAGAACACAACUCGGGCUGCGAUUCGUCUCUCAAAGGCCCCAGUUAUCUUCAGCCAUUCGUCUGUAUACAGCCUCUGUGCUCACAAAAGAAACGUUCCCGAUGACAUCAUACAAUCAUUGAAAGCAAAUGGUGGAUUGAUCAUGGUGAAUUUCUUUCCCGACUUUGUGAAGUGCUCUCCCAACGCCACUAUAUCAGAUGUAGCUGAACAUUUCCACUACAUUAAAACUAUGAUCGGUGCUGAUUACGUGGGGAUUGGUGGUGACUUUGACGGAGUUAACAGGGUGCCACGUGGCCUGGAAGAUGUGUCCAGAUAUCCUGAACUAUUUGCUGAAUUACUACGCAGUGGACAGUGGACUGUGCAAGAGUUGAAGAACUUGGCCGGCUUAAACAUGAUUCGCGUUAUGCGUCAAGUUGAAAAGGUACGUGAUGACAUGCGAACCAACGGCGUGGAACCAGAGGAACAUCCAGAUUCACCCACCGACAAUGGAAAUUGUACCAGCAACGCUUUCUUCCUGGACUACGUUUAAAACGGCCUAUGUCUAUACUGUAUACACCUUGAUAUUAACACACAUUAUAUGCAUACACACAGUUUCCCUUCAUAUUUUAAAACUUCGUAUUAGCCCGGUAGCAGUGAAGUUACGUUAAUUUUUUGAUUUCUUUUGUUAAAUUACGUUAACGCUAUAAACUAUUACAAAGUUUCGGGUUACAUCCAAUUACUUACGUUGGGUUUUAUUUUAAAUUCACCCUGACAUUGCCAGAGCAAGUUUGACACUCGCGUAGUAUAUUGUUAAAUGUUCAGCGAAUACGUGCACUUCGACAAUUACAGGUUUAAAGGACCAGAAAAUUACAUCAACAAUUAAAGCUGUUGGUGUUUCGCCGUACUUUAUACGAUGCUUUUGAGAUAUAUCAAACUGGUUUUACAAGGCACAAGCUGAUGGCACUACCAUAUCAUAUAAGAUUGCGAUUUUCAAUAACGUGAAUGGUACUCAGUGAACUGAUAAAUUAACUAAAGUUAUAUACAGUAAAUAAAUUUCUUUAAAACUGAUUUUUUUUUUGUAUUUAAAACAGUAAAUAAUGAUACAGCUCUGACCUUGAAUUUAAUAUGAAACUUCCAGAAAAGUUAUAUUACAUUAACUACGAUAUAUUAACAAUUUUAAUUGUAUUGUUGUAAAAAGUAUUUAAUUACUAUCAAUCACGGGACAGAGUAUCCAUCAGAAUUAUAUACAGUACAGCAGGUGAUUAAGAAAUUUUGUAAAAUUAAAUUUAAGAAAUAAAA